GAGCGCAACUUUUACGCCCCGCCGGUUCCUCCGCGUUUUCCUCUAUCCUAACUGGGCAGCUGGAACCGGAGCCGGCAUGGGAUUUUUAACGGGCCUGAGGACCCUGCUGGUUCUGGUCUUAGUGACGGGCCUUGCGAGAUGCGUCCCUGGACUGAACGGGACAGUGGACCGCUGGGAGGCUCUCUACUCCCGGUCCCUGGCGCGGAUCCCGGGGGAGAAGCGGGAGGAGACCACCCGGGACGGGACCUACCUCCUGGGCAUCAAAAGGCUCCGGCGCCUCUACUGCAACGUGGGAAUCGGUUUCCACAUCCAGGUUCUACCGGACGGCAGAAUAACGGGGGUGCACACGGAGAACCGUCACAGUCUCCUACAGAUCUCUCCAGUGGAGCGAGGCGUGGUGACUCUGCUGGGCGUUCGCAGUGGGCUCUUUGUGGCAAUGAACCAGCGAGGAAAGCUCUAUGGAUCUUUCCACUUCAGCAAUGAGUGCGCGUUCAGAGAGAAGCUCCUUGCCAACAACUACAACUCCUACGAGUCGGCAGCAUAUCCCAGGAUGUUCAUCGGCCUGAGUAAGAGUGGCAAAACUAAACGAGGAAACCGCGUCUCACCUGCCAUGACAGGGACACACUUCCUACCAAGACUAUAGUACACCACACCUGCCGAGGGGUACAUCUUUGUGUGCUUUUUACACAAGUGUUAAAAGGCUGU